UGGGGGGACGGGAGGGGACGGGGGGGGCGGGGGGACAAAAGAGAGAGCAGCACUUUGCAGAAAGGACAGAAAGCGACGGACCGACAGCGAGACGGACUGACGGACACCCUGAACCCCAGAGCACGAUGCACGCCUUGACGCUGCUCGGCUGCGUUGCGCUGGUCACGGCCGACUACCUGCUCGCCUCAGCCAUCAUGAUCCCGGAUGAGAAUCUCUCCACCAAUCGCGUCGUUAUAACUAACGCUCUGUCUCAAAGCCUCCACAGAGGCCCGCCCCCUGUUGUGAUUGUAGAACUGCCAAAGUCAGUGAGGAAGAAAAAUAAGAAACAAAAAAAGAACUCAUUCGGUGUGAAGAAGCGGCCUCCUCCUCACGCUGACUGCAUUCCUUUGAUGGGAAGCUGUAAAUCGCAGAACAACGUGUGCUGUGAUUUCUGCGCUUUCUGCCAAUGUCGACUCUUCAGAACUGUCUGUUUCUGUCGAAUGGGGAACCCUCGCUGUUGAGCGGCGAGCUGCGGCGGGACCCGCGGCGGGACCCGGCUUUCAGCUUCCGCAGUGAACUCGCGCUUCACCGCGUUCGAGGGGGCCUCGCUUCUGGCCCGUGUUUGUAACUUGGACAUCCUAUGCAUGAAAGCACUUUAUUACCGAGGACCGUUCCACAGCGAGCUUCAGGGCGUGGGACUGCUGCUUAUGCGACUGCAAUGACACUCACACUGAGCUUUUAGCACAACUUUAUUCAAUAUUUGCUCUAACAUUUUUAUGUAUUGCUUCAUUUUGACAUAGAAAUACACAAAUACACAAUAACACAUAUUAUAAAAAGCCUUCAAGAAUAAAGUUGGUGUACUUUGUAUUUAAACAACAGUGGGUUUUUUUAUUAGAGCAGAGGGAUUAUUAAUAUCUCUGGGUCUCAAGGGCAUUGAUUCCUGAUGAAAGCUUCUUCAAAAAAAAGAAUAAGGAGGAGGAAGUAAUUACUUUCAAUUGCCAAUAAAUGCAUCAUUAUUUGUGCAAGGGGGGGGGGGGGGGUUGUGUCCCCUCAAUAUAUAACAGAAUAUAUAAAAUAUAUGUUCUCCUUUGAUUCCUUUGGAUGUGAAUUCAAAUGGCCCUCGAAACUAUGUUCUAGAUGUGUGAAUUUUCAUAUAUAAAUAUAGAAUUGUAGUCAAUGCACUUAACUAAAAAGAAUUAUAGGGUAGGGUAUUCAUUUGGACUCCCCCCCCCCCCCCCAAUGUCUAAAGCAUGGUUACGCCCCUCGGUAAUCCAGGUAACGAAUGGAAUAACCAAGUGAUGUAGUGUGUUUGAAUAAAUAAAUAAAAAAAAUUUGGGGACAAAAAAGGAGCUCUGUGGCUAAGAGGAAGAAGAUAUUCAAAUAAUACCACCUUGCCUGAGAGAAAAGAUCCGACUUCCGUACUGUCAGUUCCAUGGAAGAACAAGAAGGAUUGGCUGAAUGAUAAUAAAGAGACACAGCCCGGGGUGAAGACAGUUUGAGGUUUUCUUCUUUAAUCAGUGCCUUCAAUUCUCAUCUCAUCUUCCUUUGGUUUUGAAUCAGUGUCCGUUUGUGAACACAACAGACAAACACAUUUUCUCUGGCUGUGAAUUCCAGUAAUUACUACAUUACGAUAAACACAUGCAUCACAUUCUUUUCAGAGAUUAAUAUUGAGGGAUGAUGAAAAGUACAAAAAAAGGUUUUGAAAAACAAGUUAAAAUAUUUUUGGUCAAAAAAAAUUAUGGGAAAAAAAAAGAAUUAAGUGAAAACAUGUUUUGAGAAAAAAGUCCAAACAUGUUGGGCAGAAAAAAACAACUUGGCAAAAAAGUGAAAAAUUUUAGGUCGAAAAAUGUUUCGGAGGAAAAGUCAAAAUAUGUUGUGUUGAAAAAAAAGGUCCACAUGUUUUCCCAAUCCAGCAAAUACUGACGUUGUGAGCAUAUUGCCAAUGGUGAGGCGAGCAUAUUCAUGAUGGUCAGAUGACUUUUGGUGGAAAUGACACCCUAUGGAUGCCACACAGGAUCGUCAAGGAGCUGGUGAAGACGUACAGUAGGUGCCUCCAUUUGAAGAAUCUGUUUUCUGUUGACUCCUAUUAGUGGUAAAUACCCACCACAACUGUGGCUCUCACUAAUCGGCAUGUUGUGGGGGUUAGAGGCCCUCAGGGAUCAGUAAUGAGUCCACCCUGCAUGGUGAGACACUAAAAAUGGGACAUUUAUGCUUUCUAGGCAGUUUAUUGUAUACUUCAGAGGCUAAAUGGAUCAGUUUGCAAAAAUGCACAUCUGGUUAACUUACCCAACUCAGAUAAAGAGCAGCACAGAGACAGUUUUUUAAGGGAACCAUCGGAGAAGUCUAAAAAAGGGUUAAUUUGUGGUAUGUGCCCCUCUAUUUGUGCAGCUGCUAUUUUAGUGCGUCUACACGUUAUUUUGGGUAUCUGGCAUGUCUACCGACCCCAAAACUCUGAAACAAAACAACUCCUGUUUUGUCAUGGUUCAUGUACGUCAGAAAUGUCUCACCUGAGUGACUGCGAAUUUGUUCGUUCACUUCGUUUUUGCAAACCUGUUCGGCUGCACUGAUCUGCACUUACUGUCCCAGCCUCAAAAGACACAAGAGCGAAAUGGAAAUGACAUUUUUUAAGGUAAUGUUGCGGAAUGUUGCGCAAACAGGCACUCAAAACAGGUCACUGUGUGGAGCGCUGUGAUCCUUGUGGUAUUUUGACCAAAGUAUGUUACAGACAAGACCCCAAGGAAACAUAUCAACUUGUGGAAAAAAUGCGCA